GACGGGCACCCCGGACAGAGCCACAAGCACAGGGACGCGCUGACAUCAGCCUAGAGCUGCUGACUCAGUGCAUGGUGGACAAGAAGCCCUCCAAGGGGCCAUGGCCCACGCCACCUUUCGACCCGCGCUUCCCCAACCAGAACCAAACCCGCAACUGCUACCAGAACUUCUUGGACUACCACCGCUGCAUGAAGAAGAUGAACCGCCGCGGGAAGAGCGCUCAACCCUGCGAGUAUUUCUUCCACGUGUACCGUUCGCUGUGCCCCAUCAGCUGGGUGGAGCGCUGGACGGAGCAGAUCAAGUCGGGGACCUUCCCGGGCAAAAUCUGACGGUCUGAGCUCGCGGCUCCUCCGAGAGACCAGCCCCAGGCGCCCCCAUCUCCUCGUCUCCCGGACACCUAGCCCCGGCUUCCCACCGCCAGUCUCUAAGCACCGAAUAAAGCUAUGC